ACGUUCUACGUUUUCAUUUCGUUCCGAAGCGUCCACGUCUCGAUGGGUGGAGUGAGCUUCUCUUAUGCACACGUAGACUAAACCAGUACAUCAGAUCACACGUCAACUGAUCACAAGCCUCCUAGAUCUGUUUCGCUCCGAUUUUUCUUCUUUUUCUUUAAUAAAACAACAACAGAAGAUGGUGGCCAAACAGAGGAUUCGCAUGGCGAAUGAGAAACACAGCAAGAACAUCACUCAGAGAGGCAAUGUGUCCAAAUCUACGAGAGGCUCUCAAGAAGAGAAGGCAGUGGUGGGACCGUGGCUUCUUGCCUUGUUCGUCUUUGUAGUAUGUGGAUCAGCAAUAUUCCAGAUCAUUCAGAGCAUCAGGAUGGGAAUGUGAGCGUUGUACAUCAGUUUGUUCUCUUCUCCCAGCUUUCCUGAAGAUUGCUUGAUCAUUCCUCUUUUUUUAUUUAAUCUUUAAAUUUCACCACAACACAACAGUCUCUUGUGCCUUACUCAAAAGCUGGAGGAACAUUAUCUUCUGAAACAUUCCAAUGUGGGACUUCUGUCAUUAUUGCUGCUCAAUCCAAGGCAAUAAACUCAAACUCAAAUUACUGUUUGAACUUUUUCUGUGGAAAAAAAAAAAAAACACGUUUGUUUAAAUGAAAUGUUGCAUUGAAUUUUCUAUGUUGUAGGUUUUGGACCAGUUCAUGUUAAUUGUUAACAUUAUUUGGUACUAUGCACCUUUAUUGGAUUUUCCUCUACAUUUAGAGCUGAAUUUGUGUUCUUUGACUGUUCGUUCAAGGAAAUGAAGGUCCACAUAUUCAGUUGUAUGUGUAGAGAACAUGAAAAAUAAUAAAAAAGACUUUUAAAAUGUC